AUGGAAGGUCAAGACAAUGGCGAUGAGCUCUAUCCCAUCGCCCAUGACGAUGUGCUUCUCCGACUCAACGCCAUCCAUAGACUCUCUACAAUUGCCCUUGCCUUGGGCCCCGAAAGAACCAGAGACGAACUGAUACCUUUCUUGGACGAUUCCGUUGAGGAUGAGGACGAAGUACUGACCGCACUGGCGGAAGAGCUUGGAAACUUUGUGGAAUAUGUCGGUGGCCCAGAGUACGCCCAUGUGCUCCUUGCACCUUUGGAGAAUUUGGCGGCCAUCGAAGAACCACUCGUGCGGGACAAGGCUGUCGAAUCACUCAACAAGAUCUGUGAGCAGUUGUCCGAACGACAAGUCGAAGAAUAUUUUAUUCCUCUCACCAUUCGCCUCUCCAAAGCCGACUGGUUCACGUCGAAAAUCUCCGCCACGGGACUGUACGUGACCCCUUACAAGAAGGCGUCGCCUGCAGCACAACAAACUCUUCGAACUCAAUUCGGACACCUGGUUCACGAUGAAACACCCAUGGUUCGACGUCAAGCCGCCAACAACCUGGCGAAGUUCAUCAAGGUGGUGCCAGUGAAUGUCGUGAUUGAUGAGAUGAUCCCUCUAUUUCAACAUCUGGCCAGCGAUGAUCAAGACAGUGUUCGACUGCUCACUGUAGAGGUUCUCAUUUCGAUUGCCGAGGUCAUUCCGAAAGAACAACAACCAAGUCAUGGUGUUCUCCUCACAGCGUUACGAAAUUUGUUCGAGGACAAGAGCUGGAGGGUGAGAUACAUGGUAGCGGAGAAGUUUGAGAAGAUCGCCAGAGCGGUCAAUGACGAGGUUGUGACAAGAGACUUGGUGCCGGCCUUUGUCAAACUCCUCAAAGAUAGCGAGGCAGAAGUCAGGACGGCUAUCGCUAGCCAGAUCCCAGGGUUCUGCAGUCUGCUUGAUCGCGAAACAUUGCUCAACGAACUCAUGACCAGCAUCGAAGACCUCGUGUCGGAUCCAUCUCAACAUGUCCGAGCAGCUCUUGGGACUCAACUCAGCGGCUUGGCCCCCAUCCUCGGCAAAGAAGAGACAAUCUCUCACCUCCUCCCCAUGUUCCUGCAGAUGCUGAAAGACGAGUUCCCCGACGUCCGACUACACAUCAUUUCCAAACUCGAACUUGUCAACAAUGUUAUUGGCAUUGAUCUGCUCUCGCAGUCCCUCCUCCCUGCCAUUGUUCAGCUCGCAGAGGACAAGCAGUGGCGUGUGCGUCUCGCUAUCAUCGAGUACAUCCCCUUGUUGGCUAAACAGCUGGGUAUGAAAUUCUUCGAUGAACAACUCAGCUCCCUUUGCAUGGGUUGGUUGGGUGAUACUGUCUUUUCUAUCAGAGAGGCAGCCACUCAAAAUUUGAAGAAACUCACCGAGGUGUUUGGCGUCGAGUGGGCGAACCGAGCUAUCAUUCCAAAGGUCACUGCUAUGAGCCAGCAAGAGAAUUACCUUUACAGAAUGACGACAUGCUUUGCCGUCUCGAUCCUCGCCCCCGUCCUUACCCUCGACAUCAUUAGUCAAAGCAUUCUUCCUAUGAUGAACCGACUCGUAUCCGACCCCAUCCCCAACAUCCGGUUCAACGUGGCCAAAUCAUAUGCUGUCCUGAUUGACACUCUUCGUCGUCUUCCCGAAGAAGGCACACUACAGCAACUCGAAGAAUCCGGCAAAACCGACGUCGAACCCAGCCCACGGGGGCAGGAGCUCAUCAACGAACAGAUCAUGCCCAACCUAGAGAAACUACAGCAAGACGAAGAUGUCGACGUCCGAUACUUUGCAACAGUUGCGGCCGGAGGUAAUGCCGCCGCUGCCAUGGGCGAGAGAAUGGACACGGGACAGUAG